AUGAAUCCUUUUACAUUAACUUUUGUGGACAAAAACUUAGAGAAGAAAUAUCAAGAGAGUUAUUCAUUAGAAUUAUUCAAUGCAUUCAAAUAUACGAUUGCAUUGAUGUCAAUAUCAAAUAUUAUAUUGAGUAUUUUUUGGAUAAAAAGAAAUUAAAUAUUUAUAGGCAUAAUGCUAGUUGGAAUAAGCUGUUCGUGGACAAUAACUUUUUACUACAUAAAGAUGAAAUAAUAAUAUAUUUUCGUGGUUGGGUAUUUGAUAUCAACUUUUAGCUUAUUGGCCUCUUUCUAUCAUUUGAUUCCUAUAUAUGACCCAGAUUUAAAAAGUGAUUAGUUUGAAUGGAUUUUCGAUAUUUCCUAGUUUCUGGGUUUGAAUUUUGCUCUAACCCCAAAUUUUAUUUUAAAUUAACUAUUAUAGCUGACUUAUGUAGUUUUAAGAUUACUCAUGCGUAAUCAUAAUAAUUUACAUCCUUACACAUUUAUCUUUCCCCUCUAUUUAAUACUUUUUUGGUAAAAGGAAUAUUUUAGAUAAAAACACAACAGAUCAUUGUUUUUGUUAAAUGAGCAGUAAAAAUCCUCAUUUUCUAUUUGGGAUGAUUUAGUAGAUGACAAAAUAGUUUUAUUAACAUAUAAUGAAUUAUGGGAGAGAAUUGAAUUGUUACAUGUAAACAAAUCAAUGAAUAAAUAUAUCUAUGUAGAAAAUAAAGAAUUUCUUAAAGAAUUUAAGGUCAUCAAUACAAAAAUAAGUCUCAAUUAAUACUUGUUGGAGCGAAUUAGAGAUAACUCAAAUGAUUUCCAGAUACAAGUUAUACAUACAUAACAGAGAGAGAGAUUUAUGAUUAACUGUCUAAUAACAAAAUUAGUAGAUAUAAGAAUUACAAUUAAAUUUUCUGAGUCUUAAACUUUCUUAAAUCAAUCAUGGAAUAAUAAUUCAUAUCUUAGAGUAUUAAAAAGGAUUAAGAGGACCAAUCAAGUCUUAUAUUACAAGGAGACUCUUAGAAAUUUGCUUUACACUUCAUAUUAUAUUAAAGAAAGAAUUGUUGAAUAAGUAGAGGAGUUGAAAUAUUAUAAAUUGAGAUUAUACGUGGAUUAAAUUAUAAAAAAAGAGUACAUUCGCAUAAAUUUUGAAAUAAAUCAAUUUUUCACAGUAAUUCCAUUAUUUUUUACAUUAAUUUCGUGUUUAAUAAAAAUUUAUAAUGCAAAUGAGAUAAUCUUAAAAUAAUAGAAUUAAAAUGAUAUUUAAUUAAUAAUAUCUGGAAUUAAUAUGAAUAUUCCUAAACAUAGAUUAAUAAUAUGUGAGAGGAUAGUGAGUAAUUUACUUUAUUAGAUAGGAUAGAAUAAUUGUAAUUAUUAAAUUAAUUUUUGUUAUUUGACUUUAGUAAAUCAAUCAGAAUCGAGUCCAAAAAAUGAUUAAUUAAUGACAUUCAGUAAUAUUAUGUGA